AUGGUGAAAAGAUUUAUAUUCAUUUUUUUAGCAUUGAAUUUGCUCAUUUUAUGUGGCGGACUUGAUCAUGCGAAAGCCAAAGCUAGAAAAAGUCUUUCAAAAGUCAAUCGGAAACUGAAGCUUCUCAACAAGCCUGCAGUCAAGAGUAUUAAGAGUGAAGAUGGGGAUAUUAUCGACUGCAUUGACAUCUACAAACAACCUGCUUUUGAUCAUCCCGCUUUAAGGAACCACACUAUUCAGAUGAAACCCAACUUUAGUUUCCCACACGAGAGUUCAAGUAGGAAAAAUGAGUCAUCCUCUCCGGCGGCGCUAUCUCAAACUUGGCAAAAGACUAGUGGAAGUUGUCCAGAGGGAACCGUUCCCAUUCGCAGAAUUCGAAGGAAAGACUUACUGAGGGCGGCUUCCCUUGAGCACUUGGGAAGGGACGGCCCGCAAACUUCCUCGGCAGCCAACACAACAUUCGACCAAAGUCGUCGCAUCGUAUACCUUAACGACAGCAAAGUCCAAGUCUAUCUAUUUGCCAGCCACUCGAAUGCAUUUCUUAUUACAUCGGGAUAUAAUUAUAUUGGCGCAAGAGGAGAUGUAAAUGUUUGGAGUCCAAGAGUUGAAUCGCGGGAUGACUACACUACGGGUCAAAUUUGGCUUAAACACGGUCUUGAAAGUGUAGAAGCUGGCUGGAUGGUCAACCCAAAGUUAUUUGGUGAUACAAGACCCCGGCUAUUUGGACGUUGGACUUUGGAUGGGUACCAAAGGACAGGUUGCAUUAACCAUUUUUGCCCUGGGUUUAUACAAACUAGCAAAAGGUUUGCAUUGGGUGCAGUUGUUGAACCUUGGUCACAGAGAAGAGGACCCCAAUAUCAGAUCAGCGUCCGCAUGGACCGUGAUCCAGAUACUGGCAAUUGGUGGCUCCAGGUCGGCGACGAAGUAAUAGGGUAUUGGCCCGGCAGUAUCCUCAACUAUUUGAGACAAAGUGCCAUCAUCGUUCAAUGGGGAGGAGAUGUUUAUAGCCAGAAGGUAAAGAGAAGCCGGCCGCACACUGCAACAGCCAUGGGGAGCGGGGAGUGGCCAUCUGGUCUCUGGGGAUUGGCGUCUUAUAUUAACAAGGUUAGGAUCGUCGAUUAUUCCCUCCAGGUGAAGUACCCGGAGUGGGUUCACAGUUACGCCGAGGAGCCCGAUUGCUACGCCGCCUAUAACUACCAAAAAAGUCUUGCAUUUGAACCUGUUUUCUACUUCGGAGGGCCUGGGCGGAAUCAUUACUGUUACAAGAUGGAUUCACUUCUAGGCACACCUUCACUGGGUAGUGAUUCUUGUCAUCUAUCUUCUCCUCUGAACACUCCAGUGACUCCCAUAAAGAUUGAGGAGACUCAAGUGACUCCCAUAAAGAUUGAGGAUGUAGAAACAUCUGCUGCUAGAUCUAUGCCAGAUAGGUCUCAAUCUAAGUUCACUUUUGAAGCCGGGCAGGGUAGUAAUGGUAACAACCUCAUGAUUGCCAAGUAUUCUGAGAAGGUUAUUAGGGAGGCACUUUGUGAAAUGAUUAUUGUUGAUGAAAUGCCUUUUAUGACCUUGGAGGGAAAGGGAUUUCAGAAAUUACUCAGGGUUCUUGAGCCUCGAUUUAAGGUUCCUUCUCGAUAUACAGUAAUGAAGGAUUGUGUCAAACUGUAUAUAAGGGAUAAAAACAUACUGAAGAACACAUUUUUUACAACUGGUCAAAGGGUUUGCUUGACUACUGACACAUGGACUUCAAUUCAAAAUAUGAAUUAUAUGUGUAUCACUGGAGAUUUCAUUGAUACUAAUUGGAAAUAUCACAAAAGAAUAUUAGCAUUUCGUCAAGUGGCAGAUCAUAAGGGGCAAACAAUUGCAAGAGAAUUAGAAGAGUGCUUGGUUGAAUGA